CAUCGGUGUGCGAUGGGGCUGGGAGCGGRCUGGGAGGUUUAGCCCCGCUCCGGCCGGGAGCCAUGCCCUCGGGGAACGACACUAACACCUCCAGCCGCCCGGAUCCCGCGGCGCCCGAGCAGGAGGUGCCGGGCGAGCGGCCCCUCUUCAGCGCCGGCACCUACGAGCUGCUGGCGCUGCUGGUCGCCACCAUCGGCAUGCUGGGCUUGUGCAACAACUUGCUGGUGCUGGUGCUCUACUACAAGUUCAAGCGGCUCCGCACGCCCACCAACCUCUUCCUCGUCAAUAUCAGCCUCAGCGACUUGCUCGUGUCGGUCUUCGGCGUGAGCCUUACCUUCAUGUCUUGCCUGAGGAGCCGCUGGGUAUGGAAUGCCGCCGGCUGCGUCUGGGACGGCUUCAGCAGCAGCCUCUUCGGAAUUGUUUCAAUUAUGACUCUCACUGCUCUUGCCUAUGAACGCUACAUUCGGGUGGUCCAUGCAAAAGUGAUUGACUUCUCUUGGUCUUGGCGGGCUAUCACGUACAUCUGGCUAUACUCACUAGCCUGGACUGGAGCACCUCUUUUGGGCUGGAACAGAUACACACUGGAAAUUCAUGGAUUAGGUUGCUCAGUGGACUGGAAGUCAAAAGACCCCAAUGAUACCUCCUUUGUGCUCCUUUUUUUCCUUGGCUGUCUAGUAGCCCCUGUUGGGAUCAUGGCCUAUUGCUAUGGCCAUAUUCUCUAUGCAGUAAGAAUGCUUCGUUCUGUUGAAGAUUUCCAGACAGUUCAAGUGAUCAAACUUCUAAAAUAUGAAAAGAAGGUGGCUAAAAUGUGUUUCCUGAUGAUUUCCACAUUCCUUAUUUGUUGGAUGCCCUAUGCUGUAGUCUCCCUCUUGAUAACAUAUGGCUAUAGCAACCUUGUGACUCCAACAGUAGCUAUCAUUCCAUCUUUCUUUGCCAAGUCAAGCACUGCUUAUAAUCCAGUCAUCUAUAUCUUCAUGAGUAGAAAGUUUCGACACUGCCUUUUGCAACUCCUGUGCUUUCGCCUGAUGAGAUUCCAGAGGACAAUGAAAGAGACACCAGCAACAGGGAGUGACAAACCAAUACGACCAAUAGUUAUGUCUCAGAAAGCAGGGGACAGGCCAAAGAAGAAAGUGACUUUCAGCUCUUCCUCUAUCAUUUUUAUUAUCACCAGUGAUGACACUGAGCAAAUAGAUGACAGCAGUAAACACAAUGAGACAAAAGUAAAUGUCAUCCAAGUAAAGCCAUUACAGGGAUGAGCUGAAGAGACAUGAGAAUGAGAUGGAUUUCAGCCAGUAGACUGUGGAGGCUGUUUUCAGUGGCAGUGUGUGUGGGCUGCCAAAGGAAACCACAUUCUGAAGCAGUGAAAUGCUAAAGGGAUUCAGCAUCUGAAGCUCUCCAAGCAGUUUACUUUUGAUCACAGUAUGGAAAUCUCUGCUAAAAUUGUUGAUAGAUGUCUUUACUCUGAAUUUUGUUAAAGCAUAUUUGAUGAUUGUCAUUCAGGACUUUUGGUACUUUAAUGUUUUCUGUAUAUUGAGCCUUCACUGAAUAAUUAAAUGGACCUUAUUUAUAUAAUUUUGUUCUUAGUGAAAUAUUUCUUCCCCACCAACUAGGAGAUGGUUUGAUAUCGUUGCUUUUUGGAUACAGCUUGAAGGAGAGGACUAGAAACUGAGAAAACAAUAGUAUUUAAGUUGACCUUUGUAAAGAGCAAGUAUAGAGUUUCUCUUUACAAMCUACCCACUGUUCAGAUUUAUGAAGGUAAUUUUUGAGUAACUAACAAUAACAUUAUGUGAUUUUUCAAUAAUUGAUGUACAAUGUAUUUGCCACUCUGAAAAUUACGUAAACUGUGAAUUUAUGAAAACUAAAUACUGGAAGCUGUGGUAAACUUAGCUACUCCAUGUGAAGAGCAGUGAAAUGAGCUGAAACUUCAUGAAAUGAUUUUCAUUGAAAUCAAGAUCUCAAGAUUUCCUUUCAUGACAUGAAGAAUUUUCAUGUCAUAAAAGAAAAUUAAUUGAGAAAUCAAGGAAUGAAGUKAAAUGAAAAGAMAGGAAAAGAAAUAUAAGGAAAUCUAACUGAAAAAAAAAAAAUCUUAGGAGAAGUUAAACUUUUGAAAUUCAGUGGAAUGAAAUGAAAUGCAGUGAAAUGAGAUGAAACUUUAUGAAAUGAUGCUAAUUCAAAUAAUGAGAUUUUGUUUCUUUUCAUGAAAGCAAGUAUUUUCAUUUUCUGAAAUGAGAAACCCAGGAAUGAGUUUAAAUUAAAAUAAAAGGAAAUAAAAAUGAAUAAAUGGAAAAUACCAAAAGAGAAUCAAAGAAUGAAGUGAAAUGAAUGGCAAGGAAAGAAAAUACGAGAGAACUAAUUUGAAAAAAUGAAAAUUCUGAAGUGAAUUGAAAACAAUAAAAUGGAAUAGAAUGAAUUACAGUGCAGUGAAAUGAGCUGAAACUUCAUAAAAUUAUACUCGUUUAYACCUCAAGAUUUCAUUUCCAUUCCUCAAAUCCAAUGAAAAUUCUUCAUUCUUCAUUUAAUGAAAUUAAAUGAACAUCCUUUAUUCUUGUUGCUGGGACUGAGGUCCCUAGCACCAUGGGUGGUCCAGAYUAGAAAGAUGUAGGAGCGACAAAG